AUGGCAUCAGAAGGUUUAUCACGUCCUUCAAGAAGCUCGUCUCAUGGUUUUCAGGAGAGCAUUUCGGAAGAAGCAUUUCGGAACCGAUCACGCAAGCCAUCGCAACUGGCAACCCCUCCUCGAAAACUAUCGUACGGACCUCAGUCUACAGGCAGCUCUUCCAGGAAGACGUCGGGAGGACCUUCUUCCGGUAUCAUAGUAGGGGAAGGUGCGUUCACGGUCUUGGAACACUUCGAGGUUGAAUGGCGGGCCGUGCUUAUGAUUUUCAUGGUCUUCACUGUCGUUCUGAGUAUCGCAUUCUAUCAGCUGGAGGAAUCGCCGCGUUGGUUGAUGUGCACUUUCAACUUCAAGCGAGCUGAAAGAGCCGUGUUGUGGGCAGGUGAACUAAAUAAGGAACCGCUGGACAGUGUACGGAAAGGAUACGCUGAGCUGAAGGAUGCAAUGCUGAGACAAUUCGAAAGCUACAGCUCCUUGAUGCCAACGCCUUUGCACCUGUUGAAGAAUCCUGAACUGCGCAUGCGCUGUACAAUACUCGGCAUAUCCUCUUUCACCGUACUGUUCUCUUACUAUGGACUGUCGUUCACCCAACAUGUACAGGUACAGUACUGGGCACGAAUCGUACAAAGAGUGAGUUAUGGGCCUCUGGCCGUGGUCACGUAUGUGUCUAUGAACUGGGCUGGACGCAAGACUACUUUCGCCAUCGCUCUCAUCUUUCUGGGAGGAUCUUGCACUGUGUUGACAGUCACGGAUCAAGCCUAUACUGUUUUGAUGGACAAUGCGCUCCUUCUCAUUGCUCGUGGGAGUGCGUUCAUGGCUAUCGUCGUCCAGUUCGUGUACACUGCUGAGCUGUUUCCUACUAUAGUACGCAGCAUCGGCGUCUGCGGAGUCUACACCUGUGGACAGUUAGGUGCCACAGCAGCAGCUCUGACGGCAUCCCAUGUUUUAACCAGCCCUAAGGUGGAAUUCGUUCUUGUAGGUGCUUUGGUACUUCUAACCGAAGUUGUGUUGUUGAGGUUACCAGAAACCCAAUCAAUGCACCUAGCAAACACGAUAAGAGACGUGAACACUGAUAACCAAAUGCGUCGUCAAUCGGACGCUACCAUUUCGUCGCGAGUUGUUGAAGACACCAAGGAGCUCCAGAAACCACGACAACCCUCAACGUCGAGGACGUCCAAGGUUAUACCAGUUAUAGCGCCGGAACCACCGUCACGAACGACAUUUGUGAAAGGCUUUUUGCAGUAG